AUGUCAACAAAUUUAGCAAAACCAACUAGAUUAGGGGAUACCAAAGUAUAUAUUGUUUUAGAACAUGCUACUUUAGAAACAGUUAAAGUUAAAGAUAGUUUCCAACUUUUAAAUUGUGAUGAUCAUUCAGAUAUUUUAAAGAAAUACAACAGAGAGGCAUCAGAAGCCAGACCUGAUAUUACACAUCAAUGUUUAUUAGCUCUUUUCGAUAGUCCACUUAAUAAAGCUGGUCUUUUACAAGUAUAUAUUAGAACCACAAAGAAUGUUUUAAUCGAAGUACAUCCACAAACUAGAAUUCCAAGAACCUUUAAUAGAUUUGCUGGUUUAAUGGUACAAUUAUUAAAGAAAUUAAGUAUUAGAGCAACUAAUGGCCCAGAUAAAUUAUUUAAAGUUAUUAAAAACCCAAUUACAGAUCAUUUACCACCAGGUUGUAAAAUUUUCGCAACAUCAUUUUCAGCACCAAAAUGUGUAGAUUUAUUUGAAUUUAUUCCAGAAGCUUAUGGUUAUGAUCCAUUACCAGUUAUUCCAGUAUCCACCACUCCAACUGGUGUUUCAGUUCAAUCAGACUCCAUUCAAUCAUUAAAUAGUGCAGGUGGUGCCAAAAUUAGAAGUGCAGGUGAAGGAUAUUACGAAGGUAUUGAAGAUGAUGAAAAUGACAAAGAAGAAGAAGAAGAAAAAAAUAAUAAAAAAGAUAAUAAAAAAAGAAAACAAGACGAAUCAAAUGAAAAAGAUAAUAAAAAACAAAAAACCUCAAAUACCACUACCACUACCACUACCACCACCUCAUCAAAGAAAGAAGUUAAAAAACCAGGUCUUCUUAACGGUUUAAAUCAAGUUUGUUUCGUUAUUGGUGCAAUGUCCACAGGUUCAAUGAAGAUCGAUUAUAAACACGAAGAAAUUGCUUUUUCAAACUACCCAUUAUCAGCCGCAGGUGCAUGUUUCAAAAUUACAACUGCUCUUGAAAAACAAUUUGGUAUUUUAUAA